AUGUCAGGCAUGGAAGGCCAGGGCGACAACUACGCGACAACGAGCGACGUCGCGAGCCUCCGCACCGACAUGGAGCAGACGCAGGCGACGCUUCGUCGACUCGAGACGUUUCUGACAAGCCAUCCGGCGCUCGCCACGACAGCAGCAGCGACUGCAACGACUGCAGCACCGACAACUCCAGCAGCAGUGGCGACACCGACUUUUCACGGACCGAUGGCACCACCGACGCCGAACCUUGAAGCAGCACGACCGAGGCUCCCGGAAGCGUUCGAUCCAAGCGCGAAGGGAUCCGACGUCCGGCGUUUCGUGGCAAUCCUCGAAAUUUACUUCGAGGCCAUUGGCUGUUCGACCCCGACACACGACGCGACACGAAUCCGGCUCGCAGCGACACUGUUACGCGGACCAGCACUCGAGUGGAUCUACAAUACUGACGUGGCCCGCGGGGAGAAAACGUGGGCGCAGUUUCGGGCAGAAUUAAUCGGGCGUUUCGAACCAAUUAAUACCACCUACAUGGCGCGGCAACAAAUUCAUCGGCACAAGCAGUACAGUAGUGUAGCACAGUACACGCAGCAGAUGGAGCUCCUGUUCACCCGCAUCCCCGACCUGACCGAAGGCGAAAAAAUCCAGGCGUACACGGAAGGGUUAAAAUUGGAGAUUCGGCGGCAGGUGAUCGCGAUGAAUUACGACAGCUACAGGGACAUCCAUGGUGUUAAGGCUCCCCGUUGCCCACAGGUGAAGCCUACACAGCUGCAAAGGCUUAGAGGAGACAUCCAGGCUCAGGAGAAAUUAUACAAGCCUCGGAAAAAUCCUCCUACCCCUCAGGUGAAGUCAGAAAGUGCUGAGUCAGGUAUAGGAAAUAGGGAAGGUAUUCAUUUUGAUGUACCCUAUGAUCCUAUUAAUGAGACCCUCUUUGGCUACUCAGCGCAGCAGAAACCACUACUCCUUGAGGUGUUAUGCAAUGGGCGACGCCUCCAGGCAAUGGUGGACAGCGGUGCAUCUCACUCAGUAUGUGACCGCGGAGCAUUGGAGAAAAUUGGAGAGAAGGCGAAGAAGACCCAGUUUUCAGCAACCAUGGUGGACGGUACGAAGCUUCCCAUCCACGGCGAAGCAACCUUGCAGCUGCACAUAGGUGCGUUGAGAUGGAAGCCGAAGCUACCUGUUACCAACAUCAAAGGGUUAGAUUUCAUCUUGGGGCGAGAUUUCCUGAAGCGGUUCAACCCCGAGAUCGACUGGGUCAACAGCAAAGUGUGCAUCUACAACAACGGGGAGCGGAUAGCAUUGCGAAGCUGGACGGAUACAGGGGACAUUCCUGAAACGACACUGGCACGGUUCGAACAGACGGUGAACGAGAGCAACACGGGUUACUUAGCACUGGUCAUGGCAGCAGCAGAAGAGGUGAAACCGGGUUCCGAGCUACCCGCAGCAGUGAAAGAGGUCUUGGAGCAGUACAAAGACAUCAUGCCCGACGACCUACCUACAAGCGUACCUCCUGCACGCACCCACGAGCACGAGAUCGUGGAGGAACCAGGUGCGAAACCCGUCUCACGCGCACCAUACAGACUGAGUCCGACCGAGCUGACAGACAUGAAAAAACAGAUCGAGUAUCUACUGGACAGACAACUGAUCCGACCAUCCACCUCUCCCUACGGCGCACCAGUUCUCUUCACACCGAAACCAGACGGCAGUUUACGAAUGUGCAUCGACUACCGCGCACUAAACAAACAGACAGUCAAAAACAAAUACCCCAUACUGCGCAUCGACGACUUACUGGACCAACUGCGUAGUGCAACAGUCUUCUCGAAGCUGGACUUACGGUCGGGUUACUGGCAGAUCAAGAUGGCGGACAAUUCGAUCCACAAGACGGCGUUCCGUACGCGAUACGGCUCCUACGAAUACCUGGUGAUGCCGUUCGGACUCUGCAACGCACCAGCGACGUUCCAGGCGGAGAUGAACCACAUCCUACGGCCCCUGUUGGACGAGUGCGUAGUAGUGUACCUGGACGACAUUCUCAUCUACUCCAAGAACAUGAAGGAGCACGUGGAGCAUCUGCGGAAGGUGUUCGAGAUCCUGCGGAAAAAUAAGUUCUACGUGAAGCUGUCGAAGAGCGACUUCGCACUGGAGAAGGUGCAGUUUCUCGGGCACAUGGUGAGUGCCAAGGGCGUACACGUAGACCCGCGGAAGAUCGAAGCUGUUAAAAAGUGGAAGGUUCCGGAGAACGUGAAAGAGUUGCAGCAGUUCCUCGGCUUCGCCAACUACUACAACAGGUUCAUGCCGCAGUACGCUAAGAUAGCAGCGCCACUGACCGACCUACUGAAAAAGGACACGCCCUUCAAAUGGGGUGCUCCUCAUCAGCAAGCCAUGGAACAGCUACAGACAGCACUGACCACAGCGCCAGUACUCAUCCUACCGGACCCUGACAAGGACUACGUAGUUGAAGCAGACGCUAGUGACCAGGCAGUCGGAGCAGUACUGAUGCAGGAUCACGGGAACGGUUUACAGCCUAUCGCCUACCUCAGUAAGAAACUGCACGGAGCAGAACUGAAUUACCCAAUCCAUGACAAGGAAGCCUUAGCCAUAGUCAUAGCCUUCAAGGCGUGGAGGUGUUAUCUAGAGGGAGCCAAGACCACAGUCUAUACUGACCACUGCAGUCUCAAAUACCUGAAGUCGCAGCCGACGCUCUCACGACAACAGGUGCGGUGGGUGGAUUUCUUGGAAACUCACUUCCACUACGACAUCGUCUACAAACCCGGGCUCCACAACAAAGCAGACGCGUUGAGCCGCCCAGGUCAUGUAGCAGGCAUCCAACUCGACGGGAUGAACCCUCUGCUCAAGGGUCUAUUCCAGCAUGGGUACUCCGUGGACGGCGAGAUCGCUACAGCAGAGAAACAGAAGCUGUUACAGUGGGAGAAAGACUUAGCGGUGACACCAGUUACAUUCCGCUUGCGCUUACCAGAUACGUGGAAGCUUCACAACGCUUUCCAUGUUCAGCUAUUGAAGCCCUACAAGGACCCCAACCAACAGUUCCAGGGACGGCAGCUACCGCCACCACCACCUGUUCUUGUGCAGGAUGAACCAGAGUAUGAGAUCGAGCGCGUUCUCACUCAUCGGCGCCGCGGCGGCAAGACCCUCGAGUUCCUGAUCCGCUGGAAGGGAUAUGACCCCACUGAGGACAGUUGGGUUGCAGAAGCUGAUAUGGGCAACGCAUGCCGUGCUCUCAAGGACUAUCUUGUCAAGCAGGGUGUAUCUCACGCCACCCAGCUUUGA